AAGCUCAGCGAGAAUUUUUGUCUUGCAAGACAAUAUUUCACUGACGUAUUCAGAAAUAUGCAAGUGACCCUAGGUCAGACACUCGGACACUGGGAUACGCAUGCGUAGAUAGUCGGAGGUGAUGAAAAAAGAUGUCAGGAAAACGUGGAGCGAAGUUAAAACUAACAGAUUCAGCAAGAAAGAGGAAUAAAAAAGAAGCAAAUGCCAGACUUAACAAAAACAAAAUCUAUAUCGGAGAUCAGUAUGAUCGCUGGACGGAAUUACGGACGAAAUUGUGUUUGAAAACAAAUAUCGAACUUGCGAAGAUGCUGCUUGAUAAUUACAAAGAUGUUCAAGGAAAUGAGACAAGAGUACCUGCGCGAAAUGAAUUUAUUCCUUGUGUUACGUCAACGGCUGGUCCAUCAGUUGUACAGAAAAUGUGUGUGGUGGAAUCUGAUUUAUCUGACAUUUCACCAGCUGAAGUUGGAAAAGAUGUAGAAAGUGCUAUGUCAGGCAUUGAGGAACUUGCACAACCAAGAACGAAAAGACUUAAGCAACUUUCAGACAGUUUUAUGGAUCCUUUUAGAAUUACAAUGAGUGCCUCAGAACUGACUUGUGACCAGGAUGACUCCUCUGAAGAUGAAGAAUAUGAGCCUAGCUUUCAUCUAUCAUUUAAACUUGAUCAUGGCAUAAUCUCAGAGGAGUCGGAUCCAGAAGAAAAUGAAGAGGAGGAAGAAAGUGUAGUUAGACAUUUUGAGUGUAAUGUGCAAGUGAUCCGGAGUCAUGAUGAGAUAAACCAGCUAAUUAAUGAUCACCCAGCCAUGGUCUAUCUAAACCCAUUGGUUGCCUUUGCAGAAACUAAAGUGCCUAGAAUUUGCAGUGUGAGAGAGUGUGAGGCUGAGGUGGAAAUUUUAUCAGAAGUUGUAUCUUCAGCAGUGUACCUAAGAUGGGUCUGCACAAACAACCAUGAGGUUCACAAAUGGUGUUCGCAACCACUUCUAAACAGGCGGGUCCACAGUGGAGAUGUGUUGCUUUCAGCAGCACUACUGGCCUCUGGAAACAACUUCCAAAAGAUUGCCCUGUUUGCUAAGUUCCUGAAGCUUCCUAUCCUGUCUUCUUCUUCAUUUGUUAAAAUCCAAAGAACAUAUGUAACUCCUUCAAUUGAAGAAAUUUGGACCAACCACCAAAAUGAAAUUUUUGAAGAAUUCAGAGGCAAAGAUAUUGUUGUUCUUGGAGAUGGUCGCAUGGACAGUCCAGGUCACUCUGCACAGUACUGCACGUACACGUUUAUGAAAAACGAGACCCAUAAAAUACUGUGCGUAGUGACAAUGGACAAGAGAAUGACAGGAAGAAAGAGUGCCAUCCUUGAAAAAGCAUGUUUUCAAAAAGGUCUGCAGUUUCUUUUUGAAAAAGGAUUACAUGUAGUAGAAGUUGUAACAGAUGCACAUGUACAGGUUGAAGCACUAAUGAAAUUCAUUGCUUAA